AAACUAAACGCAUAAACAUAACACGCAAUGAGUGCCGGAAAGGAGCUGAAGGCCCUGCUAAAGGACAUUCGGGAGACUAUCAAGCUGGGCAAGCAUGCUGAAGCCAUACCCAAGUGUCAGCGCCUACUAAAAGAGGACCCGAAAAAUGCAAUGGGCUACCUGUUGCUAGGCGCUGCCUUCCAAAAUCUGGACAAAGCUGAGGCGGCCAAGAACCUACGAAAAUGCAUCGAGUACACGGAAGGUCCGCCCACUGCGGCGCUCCUGGGAUUGGCCAAUUGCGCGCCCAGCGGAGAGCUACCGGAGAUCUAUGAUCAGCUGGCGGAUCUGCAACCGGAACAGUCGCUCGACUUUUUGGAGAAGCUUUUUACCCUGGCAUCCGAUGCGAGUGUGGCCCCAGCUUGCUUUGCCGUACUGAAGAAGAGAUCCCAGAACGCAGAGGACAAGAAUUAUGCUAAAAUCCAGGAAUAUCUGGGUCGCAUUUGGUUCGCAAAUGAUUUCGAAAUCAGCCCAGAGGAUAAGACACUAUACAAAGCAACGAUGGAAGCCCUGCUGAUUACUUCGGAACCAAGUGCGCAGAGCGUCGUGUACAAGCGCUACCUGAAAUGGCUGUACAAGGAGAAAGAUUACACGUCCUGUGUCCGCCACGCCUGCAACAUGACCGCCUCCCAUCCCAAGGACGUAUACGGGUACGAGUGGAUAUGCAAGACGUACUGCGAAAACCACGACAAACCCAACAGCGAUCUGUGGCAGCCGGAACUGAAGCAUCCCAUCCAGGUGUACGCCGAGCAGUUGCUGGAACUUAAUCCAAACUCCAAUUUGGCUCUUCUCAUCCGGGCCCUGGAUCUCUUUGCUGAGGGGCAAUUCGUUUCCGCCAGACAGUUGGUACUGCGGGCCCAGCAAAGUCAUCCCACCUACAAGGAGACCUUAGAUUUGCUGGCGCGCAUUCACAUGGAGCUGGGAGCCUAUAAGUUAGCCGCGCAGCUUUGGCAGGAACUUGGCCAGGAGCACGGAGACUAUGCCGAGUGCUUAUCCCAUGAAAUGGAUUCUGCCAAACUAAACGAAGCGGUUAGGCUCCUGCAAACACUCGAAAAGACCGAAGGAAAUGUUAAAGUUUUGGCACGUUGCUACUUUAAGCUUGGUGAGAAGCAACUACUGAAGGAUUUGCCCUUGGAUGAAGUCUCCAAGGCAGAAUUUCUUUUAUCCCCCACCGAAGCUCUUCAGGCAAUUGGCAGCCACGAGUCCUUUGACGCCCUUUUGCUCUGUGGCAAGCUGCACAUGCAGCUGAAGAACUACACGGACGCCCUGAACAGUAUACUGAAGGCCACUCGACUGCGUCCUCACUUUGCCGAGUGCUUCGACUAUCUGGGCAGGCUGUAUCCGCUGGCCACAGGCGACUUGGCUCGGGCUCGCAAGUGCUACGAGAAGUGCAUUAGCCUCAACGGCCUAGCUGAGGAGGCGGUGGAUGCCCUGAGCUUUAUCUACCAGGAGCUGGGCGAGGAGGAGCUGAACGAGACGUUACUGCUGAAUACGCUACGGCACCUAAGCACUGACGAGUCCAUUCGCCUGCAGUAUAAAUUGGGACUGCACUUCCUGCAAGUAAAAAAGUGGGAUAAUGCAAUCCAAUGCUUUCGCAUUGCCAUCAAGCACGACUCUCGGUGCAUGGUCUACUGGGAGUCGCUGGGCGAUGCCUACGCGGCGCGUGGUUCCUUCAACUCGGCCAUUCGGGUCUUCCAGAAAAUCCUCGAGCUUACCCCGGACAACAGCUAUGCCCUGCUUCAGAUAGCCUCCAUCAAAACGACCAUUCGCAUGUAUGCCGAGGCCAUUGAAGACUUCGACACGCUUCUGAAAGGCAAUCCUAGCUACCUGCCGGGUCUGCGAGGCGCUGCGGAGGCCCACAUGGGUAUGGCCAACAGUCUAAAGACUCAGAACUUGUACGGCCGGGCCAAGCAGCAUUUUCAGCUGGCAGUGGUACAUCUUCAAAGCGCUUUCCUCCUGCCGGAUGCACAGGGCAUGGUCUGGCUGUGGCGUCUCAUGGCUAGCGUGUUCGUUCAGACAGCCCAACUACCUCAAUCCUUGGCCAACCUGGAUGUGGCCGGCACUCUGGCCAAGCGUGAGGAAUCCAUUGCCUAUCUUUCUCGCAAGGACCUCCUGCUGUUGGCCCAGCGCUUCUAUCUGUGCGCCUUGAAGCUAAAGCAGAACACCUACUUGUGGUACGAAUUGGCGCUGGCCUGUUACCACAGUGCCAUCUUCAUUCCCGAGGAGGCCAAGAGCCAUUUGGAGACCGCGGAAAAGGUGUGCAAGAUGGCCAUCAAAGAGCGCGGCAAUCGGUGGCAGAAUUGGAAUCUACUCGGUGUAAUCAACAUGCAUGCGGAGCACGAGAAUCUGCCGCAGGCCCAGCACUGUUUCAUCCAGGCGGUGGAGCUGGAAAGGAAAUGUUACACUGCCUGGACCAAUCUCGGGGUACUGUACGUUAAGUUGGGGCAAGUGAGAAUGGCCAACGAAGCUUUUACCAGGGCCCAGCAGUCCAGUCCCAUAUAUGCCAAUGCCUGGAUAGGCCAGGCCAUGGUGGCAGAGACAAUUGGGGACCGGGAAGAGGCUUUCGAUCUUUUCCGGCAUUGCCAGCAAUUUGAAUACCACCCGGAGGCGGCACUGGGAUUCGCUCACUGGGUGUGCGAGGUUCUCACGGAUCCGGACUCUCGGACCAAGCCGCACAUCCGGCAUGCAAUCGAACACAUGUACGCGGACGUUUACGCUCUGGACGCCAUCAACUGGUACGUGCAAAACGAGGAGGCGGAUGCCAGCAUUGCAUCACUUACGUUCCAGGGAUUUCUGUGCGCCCGCCAAAAGCUUUACGUUCAAGCAGUUGAGGCCUUUACCCGUGCCUGCAAACUGUGCGAGCCUGGAGCUGAUCGGGACAAGCUGUAUACCAAUCUGGGUUACCUUUAUCUGAAACUAGACCAGCCGGAUCAGGCGGUGAACGCCCUGAACACAGUGGCCCAUGCCACUUUCAAGCCGAUAAUAGGUCUGGCCCAGGCAUACUACCGCUCCGGACAGCUGCAGGAGUCCUACUCGAUCUACAACACAGUGCUGGGCAACGUUGUGGGUCAAGAUGAUGACAAGGCGGCCACCAUCCUGGUGGCCAUGGCCUCUAUGAUUUACGCAUUCCAGGGCGAGGCGGACACCAAGACCCUGCUCUACCAGUGUGUCCUGCUGAAGGGAGUGCCGAUCCAGGCGCUGUAUUCAUCCUACGCUUUGGGCAUACUUCACCGGGACAAUGAGUUGAGCCGGACGAUAAUGACGGAGCUGAGUGCGUACGCUUUCAAAGAGGAGUAUUGCGCGGAUGUGUCCUACCUAACCGCUCACUAUAUCCUGAUAAAUGAAGGAGCCCGGAAGGCAUUGUCUUAUCUGCAGACCCGUGUCCGCAUGUUUCCCCAUUCUUCGGGUCUCCGCAAGUUGUUCCUCAAGUUUUUACUUGACUAUUUCGUCGAAGAUCAGUUAUACCAAGUUGCCACCUCAAAUACGGCUUUAAUGGCCCUUAAGCUGCGCCACACCAAUCUGCAGAAUAGCAUAACGGCCAGUGAGGAGGCUGAGACUACCAUCUAUGCCAGCCAGGCGGUUAGUUCAGUGGACAAGACCUGCUCCCUGAAGUUGGUGCAGCGCGCCAUCCGCUUGAAUCCCACAGACAGGAAAGCCAGACAAUUACUCUUCUCCAUUGCGGCCCAUUAAAUAUAUAAGGUUUUAAUAAAAUGAAAUAAAAAUACACAAAAAUACAAGUUAAAAAAAAAAUAAUAAUAAUAAAAAAUUU